AUGCAAAUAGAUCAGAAACAACGUUCAAUUAUCUAUCACCGUGGACAAGUUGGGGCAGUAAGAAAUGACACAGACAUAGAGCUCGAUUUUCGCCAGGAAAGUCAUUUCUAUUAUCUAACAGGCGUAGAUGAACCAGGGUUUCAUGUAGUGGUAGAUCUAGAGACCAAUAAAGUCUAUCUGGUCCCACCUACUAUUCCUGAGAAUGACAUUGUGUGGAAUGGAUCACCCGAUAGCCCGGAUGAGUUACUUCAAAAAUACGACGCUGAUGAGAUUGUGAGCGAGUCUGAUCUACCGGGUCUCCUAACCGACCUAGACCCUGUCACGAUCCAUGUGCUGGACACGACCGACAAACAAGUGCUUUAUGCGGCCGGAAUAACCGACAAGAAACUCAGCACGACAUAUCUACGGGAUGCGCUCAAUGAAGCACGACUCAAGAAGUUUCCCUGGGAAAUCGAAACCAUCAGACUCGCAGUCUAUGGAUCAUCGCAGGCCCACAAGGCCGUCAUGCAGCAAGCAAAACCAGGCCUCUCAGAGUCACAUCUCGAAGGCCUCUUUAGGUGGAUUUGUUCGCGGAACGGGAUGUCCAGGCAGGCCUACAUUCCGAUCGUUGCCUCUGGUCCUCGGUCAACAACACUACACUACACCAGAAACAACCAGAUCAUACCGGCCGGUCCACAUACGCUUGUUCUUGUGGAUGCAGGAGGAGAGCGUGGAUGUUACGGAAGCGAUGUAACAAGAACCUUUCCUGCGACCGGGGUCUUCUCUGCAGAGGCAAAAACGAUAUACAACAUUGUCCUAAAAAUGCAAGAGUCUGUUCUUUCUAGACUAAGACCUGGAGCAAUGUGGUCUGAAUUGGAGAGACACGUUAUUCAUGUACUUUGUAGUGAAUUAAUUCGAAUUGGUGUAUUGGUUGGGGAAAUUGAUCAACUGGUGGAUAUGGGUAUACCGCACGCUUUCUUUAUUCAUGGUCUUGGUCAUUCGGUUGGAUUAGAUGUUCAUGAUAGAGUGGACAGUGCUGGAUAUUUGACAAAUUUCCUUCAAGGAAGACCCCUUGAAGCUAAUAUGAUUGUGACAGUUGAGCCAGGGCUCUACUUUAACGACAGCAUGCUUGAUAUCUGGACGCAAUACCCUGGUUACAAAUCCUUCUUUGAUCUUGAUGUCAUUCGUAGGUAUCGCGUGGUAGGCGGUGUUCGUAUCGAGGAUACCGUUCUGAUAACAAAAGAUGGCCAUGAAAACCUGACGCUUGCACCAAAAACAGUCAAGGAGAUUGAAGACAUCAUGGCUGGCCAACAAUUAUCCAAUUCAAACUUUUCAAACAUACUAUAG